AUGUCUUCUACCGGCAUUCGCUGUAUCGACGAUUUGGGCACUGAGCAUUAUGAUGAUGAGUGGGGGUACUUUGGUUUAGAAGAUGAUCCACUCAAAGGUGGAAGUCCUCCGUCGUCGAGUGUUCUUGAUGUAAAUCUAGGUUUAUCUGUACCGGUGCGGACAUGCCCUUCACCACUAGCUCAAAUUCCAACACGUGAGCUUUACGGGAUGGAAGCUCCACCGAAGCUUUCACCUGUGCCCGCAGAGCAAGAACAGACGUUUACGACGCUUAGUACCCACGUACCUGAUUCGGGUCAUCAGUAUUCGUCAUCAGCACCUCGAACGUUAGCUGACUAUGAAAAUGAUCUCGCGAAAGAUUUAGGUAUCUUUCCUAGCCAACCAAGUUCGUCGGCGCAAUCUAACUAUCUACAGCCAACAACCUCAACCACAUAUAUGCAGUCGGCGACAACCUUGCCUACUGCUCCAUUACAGUCUUCGUCUACCACAUUUUCUACUAGGCAACAAAGUGAUCUUCAUGUUAUGCAGCCAUCUACUUCUGGAAACCAACAUGCUACGCUUAUGCAACCACAGCCUGCUCAGCAACAACAACAGCAACAGCAAACGUGUAUACAAGCAGUUAAUGGGCAGUGGUUUGUGCAAGCACAACUGCAACAUGUGCAAACGAAUUCCGGCACUAAUGCUGGUCAGAACGGAACGUUGGGUUCUAUCCUGACGAAAGCAAAUAGAUUAGCAGCAGCGUCUAACGGCACGUCAGGUGAAACCAACCGUGCUUCCUUGGAUAGCGUUACCUUGAGUGUACAGAGUCUGGAACAAGUGUCGAAAUUAAGCAAAGAAAUUGCACGCCUUCAAAACUUGCAAGCACUACAGAACGUUGAUUACUCUAGAGAUAUUAAGGAUUUAGAAAGCAAACGAGCACAAAUAUUUUUUGCUGCACUUGUUGAGCAACACAAGAAUGAAGACAUAUUAUCGGCGGCCAGUGGUCAACCGAAACCUGUUUCUCGUACAAUCAAUACGUCACGACAGCGGAAUAACUACAGCGCUAAUUCUCGUUCUCAAACACAUAGUAAUGCUCAAGUGCAGCACCAAGUACAACCAUCAACAAGUUAUGAACGUCAACCAGCAUACGAGACUGUUCAGCAACAACAACAACAGCCGCAGCAACAGCAACAGCUGCAGCAACAGCAGCAGCAACGACCACAACAACAUUCUAGUUCAAAGCAGUUCACGUCGUAUCAGCAAGUUCAGUAUCAGUCUUACCAACCAGCAAGUCGUACUGCUUAUGUUGCAGUGUCUAAUUCGAACCAUGCUCAACAGCAAGUGCCUAUACAACAAACUUAUUAUCCGCCAACGAAUUCCAUGAGGCAAGGGACGUGCACGACAUCCUCUCAAAAUUAUGAACAGGGGAACAAUACUACUACCUUAAGUCAAUUGGGUGUUUCGCAAAGACAAGUUGUGGCCUCUCAGACAUCCAACGUCGUGCAGUCGUCGUUAUUGCUUCCGCCACCUCAGCUUAAAACACCUGCUGAGGCAGCUGCAGCAGUGGGGGAAAAACGUCAGGAACGAGCAUCGAGAUUGACCAACUAUUUUUUAUCUUUGCAAAAUUCUAUUAAAACAACCGACAUUUCGGCUCCUUUCGAAGAUUUCUCUGAUGUUAUCACUCGGUUAUUUCCGUUCCAUGGCUACCAUGAGCCUGCUCUGAACGAUGAAGUUCUAGAGAAAUUCGACCACAACUAUUUGCGACAUAUGGUGUAUCUGAACGAGAGGAAGGAAAGAGCUGAAAGAAGGUUGCGGGCUAUUUUAUUUAACGAAGCAAUGAAAAGUACUGUUGAACGGAUGGAUGAACUGGUUUUGCUAUCUCUCGAUGGGGAACACGAGUCUCGUACGUUAAAUGAGGAGCGGCGGUAUGCUGCAGAAAAUCGGGGUGAAAAUUUUUCGUUUUUAUUGUUUUUUUUUGCGAUUUUUUGA